UGGCAAAAUUUUAGAAACGCCCCAAACUCCCUGUCAGGCACCAAAAGCAAAAACCAGAAGCGUACACUACUGCUACUGCCAAAGCCAGGGUUUAAGAAAAGGGUUAAGGGCUUUAGGCGGCUGUUUGCUUACUGAUUUUGCUUCUUCCUCCCCUCUCCAUCUCUGAUGAAUUCGAUUGCUUCCCUGAGUCCUUUCUUCGACCCAUUUCCUCUGAUCCCACUCUCACCAAUUCAUCUCCCCCAAAAAUAUUUGAUUUUUUUAAUUUGAUGUCCUGCGCCCAAAUCCCUUUUUCCCCGGCAAAUUUCACCAAGAAUUUCACAUUUCGAAUCCCCAUAGGUUUCCACAAGAACCCAUCAAUGAUAUUCACAAGUUUGUGGAGAAACUUGGCUAAGCAAGCCAUUCCCAGGAAUCAGAGGGGUCGUCUCAAUUCACAGUCCAUUUCUCGAGCUUAUAGCCUUCUGGGUUUUUCCCGGGAAUCUGUUUCCCCUCAAAGUUUCAAGCCUUUUCAGCUGGGUUCUUACUCAAACAUGGGUUUUCCGGAGGUGGGUUUUCCCGGGAAAGGUGAAAUUUCUACAGGUGAGAGUUAUAUGGGCAACUCAAGUUAUUGGUCUGUGAGGACUCCAAUUGGGUUUAAUGGGUUUUUCCCUAGAGGGUAUGCGAGCGUCGCUGAGGUGGUUUCUUCCACUGAUGCUGAGGAGGAUGUGUCUCUUGUUGAUGAAGUUCAAGAACUGUUGCAGCAAAUGAGUAAAGAGGGUAGGAGGCAGACUGACCAUUGGCGGCGGAUGCGGCUGAGGAGAGUGAGAGGAAUGGGGCAGGCGAAGUACUUUGCACUGAAGAGAAGACAGAUAAAGAUUGAGACUGAAGCAUGGGAACGGGCAGCGAAGGAGUACAGGGAGCUUAUGAUGGACAUGUGUGAGCACAAGUUAGCUCCCAAUUUGCCAUACAUGAAGUCUUUGUUUCUUGGUUGGUUUGAGCCUAUGCGCAAUGCCAUUGAAAAAGAGCAAGACCUGUGCCGGAAAGGGAAGAAUAAGGCAGCCUACGCACCUUAUAUUGAUCAGUUACCAGCUGAUAUGAUGUCGGUUAUUACAAUGCAUAAGCUGAUGGGAUUGUUGAUGACCGGAGGCGAACAUGGAACUUGCAGGGUGGUUUCAGCUGCUUGCACCAUAGGUGAAGCCAUUGAGCACGAGGUUAGAAUACACAAUUUCUUGGAACGGACGAGAAAGAAAAAGGUCAACAAAGAUGAGGAAAACCGAGAGUCUGAUGAUGUAUUGAAGGAACAAGAGAAGCUGAAUAAAAAGGUCACUAAUUUGAUGAAAAAGCAAAAACUACAAGCGGUGAGACAUAUAGUGCGGAAACAUGAUGCUUCAAAACCCUGGAGCCAGGAUGCCAGGGCUAAGGUCGGCAGUCGUCUGAUUGAAUUGUUGAUUCAAACGUCUUUUAUACAACCUCCGGCCGAUCAGUUAGCAGAUGGUCCACCAGAUCUACGACCUGCAUUUAUACACACAUUUAGGACUGUCGCAAAAGAUCCAAAGAAUACGUCCAGCAGAAGAUUUGGUGUUAUUCAAUGCGACCCUCUUGUUCUCAAAGGCUUUGAGAAAACAGGAAGCCACAUGGUGAUUCCUUAUAUGCCGAUGUUGGUGCCACCAGUCAACUGGACAGGUUAUGAUAGAGGAGGGUACUUUUUCCUACCAUCCUAUGUCAUGCGCAUUCAUGGAGCUAAACAGCAGCGUGAAGCAAUAAAGAGGACCCCAAGUGAGCAACUGGAACCAGUUUUUAAGGCCCUGGAUACUCUUGGAAAUACCAGAUGGAGGGUUAAUAAGAGGGUACUUAAUGUUGUAGAUAGAAUAUGGGCUAGUGGAGGCCGUCUUGCUGAUUUGGUGGACCGUGAUAAUGUUCCUUUACCAGAGGAACCAGAUACUGAUGAUGAAACACUGCUUAAGAAAUGGAAAUGGAAGGUGAAAUCUGUGAAGAAAGAGAACAUGGAGAGGCAUUCACAGCGUUGUGACUUGGAGCUUAAACUAACUGUAGCACGGGAGAUGAAGGAUGAAGAGGGUUUUUACUAUCCACACAAUCUUGAUUUUCGGGGCCGUGCAUAUCCUAUGCACCCAUACUUAAAUCAUCUUGGUUCAGAUCUAUCCCGGGGUAUUUUGGAGUUCGCAGAGGGACGCCCCCUUGGAAAGUCAGGCUUACGUUGGCUGAAGAUACACUUGGCAAAUCUUUAUGCGAGUGGUGUGGACAAAUUAUCUCGCGAGGGUCGAAUAGCAUUUAUAGAGAAUCAUUUGGAUGAUAUAUUUGAUUCUGUGGACAGACCGCUAGAAGGAAGACGCUGGUGGUUGAAGGCAGAAGAUCCAUUUCAGUGCUUGGCAGUGUGCAUUAACCUUGCUGAAGCUUUGAGAAGCUCUUCUCCAGAGACUUUUAUUUCACAUAUUCCUGUACCACAAGAUGGCUCUUGCAAUGGUUUACAACACUACGCUGCCCUUGGAAGAGACAAGUUGGGAGCAGCUUCUGUCAAUCUUGUUGCAGGAGAGAAGCCUGCAGAUGUAUACUCAGGAAUAGCUGCUAAGGUACUGGAAAUCAUGCGAAGGGAUGCACAGAAGGAUCCUGCAGUUUUUCCAGAGGCAUUGCGUGCAAAAGUGUUAGUUGAUCAGGUGGAUAGGAAAUUGGUGAAGCAGACAGUGAUGACAUCAGUAUAUGGUGUCACUUACAUCGGUGCUCGGGAUCAAAUCAAGAGGAGGUUGAAGGAACGCGGUUCCAUUUCAGAUGAUGAAGAGCUUUUUGGUUGUGCUUGUUAUGCUGCAAAGAUCACCUUAACCGCUCUAGGUGAGAUGUUUGAAGCUGCACGAAGUAUCAUGAGCUGGCUUGGCGAAUGUGCAAAAAUAAUUGCAUCUGAAAAUGAGCCAGUACGAUGGACAACUCCGCUCGGACUUCCAGUUGUGCAACCUUACCGUAAAUUCGGCAGGCAUCUUAUUAAAACUUCGCUUCAAAUUUUAUCGUUACAGCAAGAAACAGAUAAGGUCAUGGUCAAGAGGCAGAGGACAGCGUUCCCACCUAAUUUUGUUCAUUCCCUCGAUAGUUCUCAUAUGAUGAUGACUGCGGUUGCCUGUAAAAAAGCAGGUUUAAACUUUGCAGGAGUUCAUGAUUCGUACUGGACGCAUGCUUGUGAUGUGAAUGAAAUGAACAGGAUACUUCGGGAAAAGUUUGUCGAACUCUACGAGAUUCCAAUACUAGAGAAUUUGUUGAAGAGCUUUCAGCGGUCCUUUCCCACAUUAAUUUUUCCUCCCUUGCCCGAACGAGGUGACUUUGACUUAAGAGACGUGCUAGAGUCACCUUAUUUCUUCAACUGAGAUGGAGAGCGAUCUUCGUUUUCAGCUGCCUUUGCCUCAAUUAGCGAUCUGCCUCUGGUGUUCACUCUGCUUCCAUCUACAGCGCCAAGAAAAAGGAAGCAGCCUGAAUGAGAACCCUGGUAGAGACUGAGCUGGCAUUAUGCCUGUAUAGUUUGAGGAAGUCCAGAUGCCUGUGUACAAUACUCAGCAUGAACUCCGAGUUCACAACGCCAUUGUGCUGCAGAAGCGAAUCCGGGGCUGAUACAUCAUCGAACAAGCUUCUGUAGACGAAGCUGAGAAACGAAUAUGUUAGUAGAGUUGGUCGAGAAUUGACACCUUAGUUAUCCGUCACGUCACUCAUGUGAAGUAUGUAGAGCUUUGUGGCUGAUUCGGGCGGUAUAUAGUCUAAAGAAUGCCAGAGGGCCAUGUCAUAUUGCAGGUUGCUGGUGAAGAUGGUUUUGUGUUGAUAUGUUUUUAAUUCGCUUCCUGUAAAUUUGAGCGGUAAAUUUGGUUGUGUAAAUAUUUGGGAGACAAUUCCUUUACAGAGAAUCAAAAUUUAAAUUUAUAUCAUAGAAAAUACAAGUUUAUAUCA